AAUUCAGCUGGACCAAAAUUAAACCACAGCUAGCCAGAGACAAGUAUACGGCGACAGUCAUGGCUCUGUGAAAACCCCGUUGCAAUUAGUCCAAUAUUUCAUAGUUAUGGCUGACACUGACAGUUCAGGCCGUCCAGAUGGAACAGAUGAAGAAGAUCAGGACGUACUGAUUGGAGAGGAACCAGGGGCGAGCGUACAUCCAAUGCUGGCAACUGAGGAUUCAUACGAGGAAUUGGAUUAUGACCUCAGCAUCGAAGCACCAACCGAAGACCAGCGCCGGGAACGCCUCGCCAGCGGCACCAUUGCCAGCAUCGUGGAGGAGCACACGGGGUCCGGCUCGGUUGAAGAAGUGGCCACAGAAGCGACGGAGUUGGAGAAUGAUGUGGGCGGGAGAAGGGCAGAAGGCAAUACGAGCAAUCUACAGACAGCAGAAGAUGCGACACAACACAGGACAGACACGGUGGCAGAACGGAAGGACGUGCCAAAUGACACUAACGAGGAGGUGCGACAGACGAGAGAAGCUGAGCAGCGAGAAAUCGCUGACGAAGAUAUCCACAGCAGUGUUUGGAGGGACCAUAAGAAACAUGUCUUCAUCCUGAGUGAAGCGGGCAAGCCAAUCUACUCACGAUACGGAAAUGAGGACAAGUUGGUGUCACUGAUGGGCGUCAUGCAGGCGCUAGUUUCCUUUGUCCAAGAUGGAAAAAAUGUCCUCAGGUCCAUAGUGGCUGGGGGUCGCAUGUUUGUCUUCCUGGUUCGUCAGCCGCUCAUUUUGGUCGCAGUGUCCAGAACGUAUGAAUCCCAACAGCAGCUGCUGAUGCAGCUGACCUACGUCUACAACCAGGUACUGAGCGUGCUCACCUACUCCCAGCUGAGCCGAGUCCUGGAGACGAGAAAGAACUACGACCUGCGUAGGCUCUUAGCAGGGACAGAGAAAUUUCUCGACAACCUGCUCAACCUUAUCGAUCAGGACCCCAGUUUCUUGCUCACAGCUGUGCGGUGCCUUCCCCUGGACAGUGCCACGAGGGACACCAUUGGCCACAGCAUACAGAGUGCGAAGAUCAAAGAUCUGGUGUUUGCAAUUCUGAUAGCUGACAACCAGCUGGUGACGUUGUGCCGAAUGAAGAAAUACAUUCUGCAUCCUUCUGAUCUCCACCUUGUCUUCAACCUCCUGAAUGCCUCAACCUCCUUCCAAGCGGCCGACUCCUGGAUCCCCAUCUGCCUGCCCAAGUUUGACAGUGACGGGUUCCUGCAUGCUCACAUCUCCUACCUUGACAACAGCAAGGCCUGCCUCCUUCUCCUCACAGUCGACAAGAUGAUGUUCUUUGAGUUGGCAAAGUGCAAAGACAAGAUUGUCGAUAAGCUCAAAAAGCACAAUUGCUUAGAGGCCAUUAACAAAGCGGUAGCCGGCGGCGGGUACCGGUGCCAGGAGGUGGGCAUCAGUGACCUGAGGCACUUCAUCUACAAGUCCAAGAGCACAGCGCAGUUCACAGCACCUGAGCUGGAAGCGCCGUACCGUGAUCCGGAGGAGAGGGCGAGGUUGUUCACUAUAUAUCAGUAUGUACAUCAGAGAGUGCAUAAUGCCGCUAGACCUCUCAAGAUUAUGUUCCACGUCGGUUCAAGGGAGGCAAUGCUUGGAUGGGUAACAACUGGGUUUGAACUGUAUGCGGUCUUUGGUCCCCUAGCAACCAAACAGGUAGCCAUUUUGGCCGUCAACAAAUUGCUGAAGUGGAUCAAGAAAGAAGAGUAUCGGCUGUUUAUUUUGGAUCCGCCUGAGUACUGAAGCUUUCUUGGAAGACAUGUUGAGAUUUCAGCUGACCACAGCCACAGCUGUUUCUGGAUUGUAAUUCUGUGAUUGAUGACCAGCUCGUCUGGCCCAUGUAACCUUUGCCAAGUCUGGUGGCGUGUAUGCUGUGCAGGAUUGUUGGAUUCAGCUGUGAAUGGUAAACCUUGGUGAUCUAGUGGGAGUGUUUUGGAUUCAGCAAACUGAACAAUUUGCUGUUGUUGAGUUAUGUUGGAUUCUGCAGGCCUUACCCACUGCUGUGGAUUAUGUAGGAUGCAGGAGGACCCUCAUAUUGCCGCUAUAGAAGAUCUGAUUCAAAGGGCAUUGUCCUUUGAUGCCCUUAUAUUCCACUGGACUCAGCAGGCCUGGCACGUCGACAUUGCAUAGUUCUGUUGGAUGGAGCAAGUUUCACCGUACGUACAACAAACACACCAGCAUGUGUGCACACGAUUGGACGUCUGAAAUGGACAGCGUCAUUCUUUUUACUUCUUUUUGUUUUAAUAACAAUGAAGGCAUGACAUUGUGAUGGAGAUUUGGGGAGGAAAUUAUGUUUAAAGGAUACUCCAAGGUUGUCAUUCACUCAGUCACAAGGCAGAUGAAAAGUCAGUUUGGACGUUACAUGAGACGAUUGAGACGAUUGGGUUUGCAUACGACAACUGUACGACAACUGUGUUGGGAAAUUAACUGAAAAGACAUUUGAUCAAUUUGCUGCACUUUGUUUUGCUAAGUACUGCACAGUAUAAUGAUUUUUUUUUUCUAUAAAUACUAACAAACUGGGUACUUUGGAACUACGUGUCGAGGUAAAGAUCUGAAGAAGGGAAAAAUGCAUCUCUUCCUUCGGAUGGAAUAAACAUUGACAAUUUAUGUGAAGGCAGACUUUGGUCUCGCUCAAUUCAGAGGAAUCGACGCCUCUGGACUGUGAUCGUGGAAAAGCCUAAAAAAUCACAUGCAAGAUGAGGGCUUUAAGCUUGACAUUGACAUGAAAUAAGCUGGAAACGGAGAUACUUGUUUGGUAAAAAAGAGAAAUUGUUGAUAGAAAAGAGCUAUCAGUAAGAUAUUAAGUGCAAAAUGUUUCUUUGGAGUGCGGGAUGGAAUAUACCACGUCCAUAAGAUGUCUGUUUCCAAAUGCCGGAGGUAGAUAAAAUUUCACAAGAUGUAAAUUUAAAGCUUGUACCACGGAAAGGCCAAAUAAAAUAUUAAAAAUUGGGGACUGGAGACCCAACGUGCACUUCAA